CAUUGCAAUGUUUGCUCUUCAGAGGAGAGUCUCCCGUCUUGGUGCAGCCUGUGCUGCUGGGCGAAAUGUUCCGGCUGCUGUUAUCAUGUCUGUUGCUGGUCUUGCCACUGAGGCUGGCUCAUUAGGUGCUGUUCGUUCCGUUAUUGGUGCCGUUGUCGAUGUCCAGUUCGAGUCUGGAAAUCUUCCUCCCAUUCUCAAUGCUUUGGAGGUCCAGGGUCACAGUGUGCGUCUCGUUCUCGAGGUUGCCCAGCAUUUGGGUGAAAACACUGUCCGCACUAUUGCCAUGGACGGUACUGAUGGUCUUACUCGUGGCCAAAAGGUUUUGGACACUGGUGCUCCCAUCUGUAUUCCAGUCGGCCCAGAAUGUCUUGGUCGUAUCAUGAACGUUAUCGGAGAACCCGUCGACGAACGUGGUCCUAUCAAGACCAAACAGCUUCUGCCCAUUCACGCUUCUCCUCCAGAGUUUGUCGAUCAAUCCACUGUUCCUGAGCUUCUCGAGACUGGUAUCAAGGUUGUCGAUCUUCUUGCUCCCUAUGCCAAGGGUGGAAAGAUUGGUCUUUUUGGUGGUGCCGGUGUCGGUAAAACUGUGCUCAUUACUGAGUUGAUUAACAACGUUGCCAAGGCUCACGGUGGUUACUCCGUCUUUUGUGGUGUUGGUGAGCGUACUCGUGAGGGUAACGAUUUGUAUCACGAAAUGAUUACUGCCGGUGUGAUCAAGCUCGAAGGUGGUUCCAAGGCCGCUCUUGUAUACGGACAGAUGAACGAGCCCCCUGGUGCCCGUGCUCGUGUUGCUCUUACUGGUCUUACCAUUGCUGAAUAUUUCCGUGAUCAAGAAGGCCAGGAUGUGUUGCUUUUCAUUGACAACAUUUUCCGUUUCACUCAGGCCGGUUCUGAGGUGUCUGCUUUGCUAGGUCGUAUUCCCUCUGCCGUCGGUUAUCAGCCCACUCUUGCUACAGAUAUGGGUCAAAUGCAAGAGCGUAUUACCACCACCAAGAAGGGUUCAAUUACAUCUGUACAGGCUAUUUACGUGCCUGCUGAUGAUUUGACUGAUCCUGCUCCCGCAACCACCUUUGCCCAUUUGGAUGCCACCACUGUGCUUUCUCGUUCCAUUGCCGAACUUGGUAUCUAUCCCGCUGUGGAUCCUCUUGAUUCCAAGUCGCGUAUUCUUGAUCCUCGUAUUGUGGGUGACCAUCACUACGGUAUUGCCACUGGAGUUCAAAAGAUUCUUCAAAACUACAAGUCGCUUCAAGAUAUCAUUGCCAUUCUUGGUAUGGACGAGUUGUCCGAAGAAGAUAAACUCACUGUCGAGCGUGCCCGUAAGAUCCAGAGAUUUAUGAGUCAACCCUUCACCACUGCUCAGGUGUUCACUGGCUCCGAAGGCCGUUUUGUCUCUCUUGCCGACACUAUCCGCUCGUUUACCGAGAUUCUUGAUGGUAAACACGACUCUCUUCCUGAGGCUGCCUUCUUUAUGGUUGGUGAUAUUGACGAAGUUCAGCGAAAGGCUGAGGAGAUUGCCAAGAGUCUUGCAUAAACGCAUUGGGUUUGGGUUUUAAACCCUGUCUUUUUUGUUUUGCCCUUCUCUACCACUCCUUUUCCCACUGUCAUCUACCAAAAAGGAUUUAUUAUGGGUGGUGUUUUGAAUCUUUGGCUUUGAACUUUUCCAUUUUGCGAGGGAGAAUAAAAAUCCAUUUAUUGGUAUCCU